UUUGGUGGCCCUCCUCCUUACAUUAGGUCGUUUCGAAGAUUAUACAACUACCAGAGACCAAGUAAAACUACGUUGAUAUAAUUUAAUUACUAAGAUGUCGAAAGAAGAGGAAGGCAGUGAUUUCGCCAGAGCACUGCAGCUGAGCAGUGGCACCAUUCUUGGAAUGGUUACCACAGCUGCUACACAACUUGAUUUGUUUGAGAUCAUAGCUAAAGCUUCUACUGCAAAUGGUACUUCCCCUUUCGGACAUGAUGCUAAAAGAUUGUCUGCUGACGACAUUGUAGCUCAUCUUCCGACAAGAAAUCCUACAGCUCCUGCAAUGCUUGAACGAAUUCUCCGCUUUUUGGCUGCCAAGUCCAUUCUAAACCGAAUUGUGGUAACGGGAGAAAAUGGAGAAGAGAAGAGCUUGUAUGGUCUAACAAGUGUGUGCAAAUAUUACGUUUCUGAUGAGGAUGGAGUUUCACUAGCUCCUACGUUGGUGAUGCUUCAUGACAAAGUUAUGGUCGAUUCCUGGCAUCACUUGAAAGACGCAGUGCUUGAGGGCGUAACUCCCUUCAACAUGGCUCAUGAUGACAUGCAUUUAUUUGAAUACCCUGCAGUAGAUAGCAGAUUUAACGAUGUUUUCAAUCAAGGAAUGUAUAACCACACCACUCUGGUCAUGAAAAAGGUUCUAGAAGUAUAUUCUGGAUUCGAGAAAUUAACAGAAGUCGUAGAUGUUGGUGGGGGAACAGGGGCGAUGCUAGCCAAAAUCAUAUCCAAGUAUCCCCAGAUCAGGGGAAUCAACUUUGAUUUACCUCACGUUAUCAAGACUGCGGCUCCUUUACAUGGUGUGGAGCAUCUUGGAGGAGAUAUGUUCGAAAGAGUUCCAAAGGGAGAGACCAUUUUUUUAAAGGCUAUACUUCAUGACUGGGAUGACGAACACUGCUUAAAGCUUUUAAAGAAUUGCUACAAUGCACUUCCAGAAUAUGGUAAGGUUAUAAUAGUAGAAUUAGUAGUGCCCGAGUUUAAGAGCAUAGGUUCUUCAUCAAAAAUGAACUAUGUUAUGGAUAGGGAUAUUUUGAUGUUGGCUGCAUGUCCCGGAGGAAAAGAAAGGAGUUUUAAAGAAUUUCAGACAUUGGCAAAAGAAUCUGGAUUUGCAACUGCAAAAAUCAUUUGCAAUGCAGGUGUCCACAAUGUUUUGGAAUUUCUCAAAAAAUUAUAAUUCAUUACGUUAGUAUGACAAUACAUGAAUAUGUUUAUAUAUAUUCAUUCAGAUGUUAUUGUUGGAGCUUUUUCAUCUUUAGAAUAGCUCAAUGAAGGGUUUAAUUCUUAAUUUUCAUAUAAACACAUGUAUUAAUGUUGUAUUGUUCUAAACUCCAUGAAAUAUUGAAGAUUUCGUUUAAUUA